AUGCAUUCCCUGCUUGUUUGUGUUUCAGCGCUUUGCUUUUGCCAGCUUUGCGAGGCGGGGAGUCCCCUUUGCCAGGAAUGUCGGGUGAAUGUGAUGUAUCCGGGAAUGGGGAAAACCAGCCAGCAGUUGUCCAGAAAUCAGCGAAUAGUGCGCAUCAUCAAUGAGUACCGGCUGGUCAAAAACAGAGGAAUCAGGAAACAGUCCCAGGAGUUUAGCUUUAUAACCAAGGUAAAGGUGGGAAGUUCCAUACGAUGCAGUGCAGCCUUGGUGGCACCAAGUUUGGUGGUCAGCUCUAGUUUUUGCCUAAGGAAUAAAACGCCGCAACAAUUGGAAAUCCUCUUCACUGGCGGAAAAACUUUCGCUGUGGAUAACUUAGUAAGACCCGAGUUCUGUCCUGAACUUAGCCUACUCCAUUUAAAGUCCCCUUCUGCAAUUCAUCCGAUUACCCUAUGCCAUCAGGACCUGCCGUUGGGUAUUAAUGCCUCCAUGAUGAUGGCCAGUCCUGAUCUGAGAUUUUACGGUCGUCGGCACACUCAAGUCAUCUCAAAUCGGGCCUGCAAGACAACUUUUUUGGAGGACGAUUCGGUUUUUAUAACUCCCGACAUGUUGUGUGCGAAGAACUCCAUGAAACCGGAGAAAUGUGCCACUUCGCCGGGAGAUGCGCUGCUGAUAGGAAAUCAAUUGUGUGGCUUAAAUGUUUAUGGAUUUCGCUGUUUUUCGAAUGCACUCAAUGGCGAUCUCUACAUUAACCUAAAUAAACUACAGCCCAUGAUCAGCGAUUUGAUUCGGAAACUCAACGGUUGAAGCCGGGAAAUUCAAAGCGAAGCUAAAUCAAUCAGAGACUGAUGGGUUUUUUAUACUAGCUCAGUCUCGCAGCUAUUAUGC